AUGCUUGAUGGACUAAGGAAAAACGUUUUGGGUAAUAUAAUUGCUCAGAAUACUAUUUGUGGCUGGUACAUCUACGGUCCAAUGAAAUUGCACACAAUUUCACUUACGGCCAUAGACAACUUACAAAGCGAAAAUGAAAGUAUUAGCUCAAUAUUAAGAAAGUUCUGGGAAAUAGAGGAAAUUCCGCAUAUAGCUAAUCAAUCAGAAGCAGAUCACUUUUGCGAAAAUCUAUAUAAAGAGACAACUUCUCGACAGUCUGAUGGUAGAUAUGUGGUUAAACUUCCGUUUGACAAUGAAUUCCCAGAAUCUGAGUUUUUGCAAGCGUCUCGAUAUUUGGCAAAGAAGCAAUAUUUAUAUAUUGAACAAAGGCUUGAAAAACAUGACAUGCUUAUGCAAGUUUAUAAUGACAUCUUGAAUGAAUAUAUUUCUCUCGGUCACAUGAAGAAAUCAAAUUCUCAAGAAAUUUGUCAUAAUGGAAAGUUCUUUUCAUAUUAUUUGCCACAUCAUGCGGUUUUUAGACCUGAAAGUGCAUCAUCAAAACUUCGUAUCGUUUUCAACGGAUUACGAAAGACAAAAAGAUCAAUAAAUGACGUUCUCCACGUCGGACCAACCUUACAGGCAGAUUUAAUGAAAUAA